UCGCGUUGAUUAUCCGCUAUAAUAAAUGCGUUUGGAGAUCGCAGCGCCCGCGAGUGCAGGCCCCUUGCUACAGCGCUCCAUCACGCACAUCGAGCGGGUUUUCCGCGUGAGGGUGAGCUGCGGCACCGCCGGUGCUAGCGACGCGAGCUGCAGUGUGACCAUCGACAAUGGUAAAGAGGAAGACUGCCACAAGGCGAAGGACUACAUCGCGUCUCUGAUUUCGCCUGUGCAGAGGCACCGUGAGCGACUCGCCCUCUGGUUGCCGCGACGCCUGCAGUCCUUGCGCGCCGCCAUCGAGUACGAGAGCUGCGCCGUGGUGCAGGUUCGUGAGCAUGCGCUGGAGCUCCAGGGCGGCGUCGCCCAGGUGACGGCCGCGUGCGCCAUGCUGCAGCGCCUGAAGUCCGAGCAGCGCGCCUGGUGCCGUGACCCGCAGCCCGGCCCGGCCCCCACCGGCCACACCUCCCCUGAGGAGGAGGACGAGGAAGAGGAGGAGCAGGCAGACGAGGGCGAUGAAGAUGGGAGCAGCUCAGAGAGUGAAGGGGAGGUGCAGUCGCGGAGCAGGAGCUCGGGAGGGGGCGGGGCUGGAAAAAGGCGGGAGUCCCUGAUGGCGACGAAGCCACACCGGCAGCUGUGCCGCUCGCCGUGUUUGGACCGGCCCAGCUUCAGCCAGAGCAGCACACUGCAAGAGCUGCGUGCAGACGAUGCGCGGGCCGACUCCGCCCAGAAGACACCUUCGCUGGCCCCGCCCACCCCCACAGGCCAGGUGCACACCAGCAGCGAUCGAGACUACCAAACCAAGAUGGAGUUUGCGCUGAAGCUGGGCUACUCAGGUGAGCAGGUAGAGGCGGUCCUGGCCAAGCUGGGGUCCAGCGCCCUCAUCAAUGACGUGCUGGCCGAGCUGGUCCGUCUGGGCAGCCGGGGCGAGCUGGAAGCGCCGGCGCCUGCCGGCCCCGCUGGGCUGGCCCCCCGCGCUGUCGCCAAGGAGACGGUCAGCCCCGAGGCCUCACUGGAGGACGAGACCACGGACACGUGUGACAACCUGCGGCCGAUUGUUGUAGACGGAUCUAACGUGGCCAUGAGCCAUGGAAACAAAGAGGUUUUCUCAUGCCGGGGCAUCCAGCUGGCAGUUGAUUGGUUCCUGGAGAAAGGUCAUCGUGACAUCACCGUUUUUGUACCGGCGUGGAGGAAGGAGCAGUCUAGACCUGACGCCCCCAUAACAGACCAGGAGAUCCUGAGGAAGUUGGAGAAGGAGAAGAUCCUGGUCUUCACCCCAUCGCGGCGUGUCCAGGGGCGACGGGUGGUUUGCUAUGACGACCGCUUCAUUGUCAAGCUGGCCUGCGACUCGGACGGAAUCAUCGUAUCCAACGACAACUACCGAGACCUCCAGAACGAGAAGCCCGAGUGGAAGAAGUUCAUCGAGGAACGCCUUCUCAUGUACAGCUUCGUCAACGACAAGUUCAUGCCUCCUGAUGACCCACUAGGCAGACAUGGUCCCAGCCUUGAGAACUUCCUUCGCAAACGUCCCGUGGUCCCGGAACACAAGAAGCAACCGUGUCCUUACGGUAAGAAGUGCACGUACGGACAUAAGUGUAAGUACUACCACCCGGAGAGAGCCGCGCAGCCGCUCCGCUCCGUGGCGGACGAGCUCCGAGCCUUCGCCAAACUCUCUGCCGUCAAGACCAUGAGCGAGGGCGCCCUCGCCAAGUGCGUGGCCCUCGGUGCGGUCGCCAGGGGUGACGGGGAGACCAAGCGUGUGACGCCCAAGCGUCAGUCGGACCCGAGCAUCCGCUCGGCGGUGUGUGAGCAGGAGGAACGCCUGUGCCCAGCACGCAAGGCUGAGGCCAGUUCUGUCCCGUCUCUUGUGACGGCGCUCAGCGUUCCCACCGCGCCGGCGGCCAAGAGCCACGCGGCCGGGGCGCUGAACACGCGCUCGGCCAGCAGCCCCGUUCCCGGGUCGCACCGCUUCGCCCACAACUCGCUGGAGCACGCCGGCAGCAUCCAGUACCCACCCAUACUGGUCACCAACAGCCAGGGUGCGUCUAUGGCCUACGCCGACCCCUUUCCCAAGUACGACUCGGUGGUCAGCGACCACGGAUACUACUCCAUGCUCAGCGACUUCUCCACGCUCAGCCUGGGAAGCGUACAGGACAGCUUCUGCAGCCUGGAGCAGGCUGAGCCGGCUGGCUACCCCGCGCGGACCCCCGGCAUGUGCCCGGAAGCCGGGCGGAGCCACUCCUCGGAGUCCUUCUCCUCGUACGGGGGCGGGGAGCUGUUCCCCGCGGAGGGCGGCCCGGACGAGGGUCCGAAGGGUCCGCAGACGCCCUCUCCCGCUCAGACGCGCCUUCAGGCGUUUGCGCACGGCUUCCGGCACGAGGCUCUGAGCCGGGUCCAGAGUUACGGCGCCGACGAGCCCAAGGCCGGCCCGCGCAAGCAGCCCCCCGCCCACCUGCUGCCCCGCGCACAGCACGUCACCGUGGCUGCACGCUCCAGCUGCCCGGGCGACUACCCCCCGCCCGCGUCCGGACCGCCGCCACAGGGCCGCUCGCUGGGCAUGACGCGCAUGGACAGCAUCUCGGACUCGCGCCUGUACGAGAGCAACCCGCUCCGGCAGCGGCGCCCCCCGCUGUGCAGGGAGCAGCACGCCAGCUGGGACCCGCUGCCCUGCGCCGGCGAGCCCUACACGUACGCCGCCUACGGCCUGGCACCAGGCCUGCCGCCGUGCUGCGAGCGCGUGAUGGUCCGCAGCAUGCCGGAGAAGAUGGAGCAGAUCUGGAGGUCGCCGUGGGACGCGGGGCCUGGACCGGCCCCUGGGCCGGCCCUGGAACCGCAGGAACGCCACCCCAUACCAGAGCAUCAGUACCAGACCUACCGCAACCUCUGCAACAUCUUCCCAGCCUACGUCGUUCACACGGUGAUGGAGAAGAACCCCCACAUGACGGACCCCCAGCAGCUGGCUGCCGUCAUCGUCACAAAACUCCGGUCCUGUCACUGAGCCUGAGCCGCACGGGACGGACAGGACAACCACCGCAGACAGCCACUGGAUUCCUUCCCGCUCCUGGAUUGUGUCGGUCACGUCUGUCCACCCUGGAGUUCUGCUUUUAAUUGUUGAGCGUUAAGUGUCGUUCCAGGUUUCUUUUCUUUCCUGUUUUUUCCUGAUUAGCGUUCGCAGUGUUACGUCCACCGCCGUGGUUUGGGUUGGGUCAUAGUUCACAGAGGCUCACGACACGUCCACCAGGAACAACAAUAAGUUUGGCCUUUCCUGAGUUCUUUGUACUCUUGACAUUUAGAUUUCAAUUUUGGCCAAAACUGCAGAAAAUGCACUUAAGAUAUCAGGCCAGGAAAGCAAAGUACCCAAGGUCACUGAGGGUCAGUUACGCCACAGCACUGAUCUGAGAACAGCUGCUGUCUGGCGGUAUAUAAUAAUAUUACUAAUCCACUAGUUGGUAAAUUAAAACAGUAAUACAAACUUACAGUUGGAUAUGAACUGAUAAUAUUCAGGAUGAUGUGAGUAGUCGUGUGACACGCAGACAGGUUUUGACUUUAAAAAGGCAAAUUAAUUCUUAGAAAAAAGUCCGAGCUCUGAGAAAAGUCCAAACCUCAUCCGGACUGAACUUGCGCAAUACCAGUGGCGUGGUGGGUCCCCUCCACCUGUGUAAAUAUUGUAACUUUUUUAAAACUUAAAGUUCUUCUGUCAUGUGUUUGAUGAACAGGCGAAACUGCAGAUGGCAGCGUGAACUCUUUGAGUACCUCAAAGCACGAACUUUGACCUUUUGAACUUUUCUGGCCUUAUAUGAGAGUGAUCUCACCGCAGGUGUUCACAUUUGAGUGUUUUUAUGAACGGGUGUGAAGGUUCCAGUUUUGUUUUAGAGGUUAGCAUCGACAGUAGGCUACGGCUACGCUGCUUGGGUGGUGUUUCGGGCGGAGCUUUCCAGACCAGUCGGAACACUGUCGGAGGGGCCCUCCUUAACCUUGCACAGAUAAAGCCAUGACAAAGAUUCCUGUGUGCAGCUCACGCGAGGCCAAACAGAUAAUGUGCUGCACGCCCAGAUAAAGAGAUUCAGCCGUUGGGACAGUUAGCUCAUGAGCAGUGAUCAGUGUGUGAAGUGUUUAUUUUCACGUGUGACACUAGACUCCUGCAUUGUGCACAAACUGUAUUGAAGCGUUAGGAAUUCUCCAGGAUGUUUGGAGGUGUUUACGUGAUUCUGGCCAGGUCCUUUUGGUCCUGUUGAGUUGCCGUAGGUCUGGUGUUUUUUUGGACUGGCGUGGUAGAUCGGAAGAAUUCCGAGCUUACACUCUGCCGUUCCGAUUCAUGCAGGAGAUGGUUUAACGCCAGUAUUUUCCAGAGGUAAGACUUUUGUCAGUUUAUUAGGUUGACACUUGUCUGUUUCCGUGUAAAUUUAGCGUUUUAAAAAUGUACUGAUUAUAGCUUUAAUCAGCUCUGAGUCGAUGCAUGAGAUACUACCGUGAGAGUUCUACACUUAAUUGGAUAAUUAGUCAGGUAAGACUCCUAAUGAUGUAAUUGUGACUUGAUUAUAACCAAUGUGUGUGUGUGUGUGUUCAGGGCGGAGGGAAGGUUUCUCCUCAGCAAAGUGCUUGUAACAGGCAUCUCUUUUCUGAUUGGUGCUGGGAGACGUGUCUAACUCCGCCCUGCUGUGUAUAUUAUCAUAUCCCAGAAAACCUUUGAAUGUUACAGACCCAGAGACACUCAUGGCGUCUGGGUGAAACCUUUUUUUUUAAAAAUUGUUUGUUUGUUUUUUGUUUUCAUGAGCGCAGGUGGGGCCCUGAUGGGGCUCCGUUACCGCUCGUGGGAAGGUGACACACUGCCUACCUGUUUCUUCCUGCGCGAUACACACACGCGCGGAACACCAGGCUGUCGUUGGGUUGUUUCUCACAUUUGACUGACAGGUCGUUUGCUGCCUCCCAACCCCCCCAACCUCUGACCUCUGCCCUCUUUCCAUUCCACAGGGAGACUCUGGAUUAGAGUUGUAUGGAUGGAUGAGGAAUAAAGGAAUAAUUUGACACAACUAUCCAAACCAUCCCUCUAACCCGGCGGAGGGGUGUGUGUAUGGAUGUUUUACAGUAACGUUUAUCAGAGUGUUUUAUAUUUUAAUGAAAAAUGUAUGCAGUCUGGGUUCCUUUUCUCAGCAUGGAAGGAGAGAACACACUACGAGGUUCUGUGGUUCUAAAGAACACGCUGAGAGGUUGUGGAACUUUGGCCAUUGCGAGGUUCCGCCGUGUUCUCUAUGACAUCACUGACCUCUGUUGUGUCAUAAUUCCCCUCCCCCAUAUGCAGCAAGCCAUCAUACCUCAAAUGUCCAGAAACGACCUUAGCUUGUUGAUACAAAUUGUAUCUAUUUCUUGAUUGUUAAAAAAAAAGAUCUGUACAGAAUCGUCUAUAUACAAAUAUAUGAAUAUAUAUAUAUAUAGUUCUAUAAAAAGCUUAGUUUUAUUUAAAAGGAUACUGAGACAUUAAUGCCAUAAUGUUAGUGACACUAUGUGUCACUAGUGUAGCCCAUACAGAAGGCUUUUAACCUGCUGGGCAGACGUCUACAUACAGGGAUCUCUCCUCAUGCUCAUGUGCUGCGGGUACGAACCCAAGCAGAUCUCCUUCACUCCACACGCCUGUGACGUCAUCACGUCCUAUGAUGUCGUAGCCAGCCACACUUGCACCUGAUCUCUCAUCCCUCUCUCUGUUUCUCUUGUCCUCUCUGAUGUAUUAAUCGAGGGAUGACAUGCACACACACUGUGUGCUCCUAUCCAAACACACACACACACACACACACACACACACACACACACACACACACAUAUUUUUCUUUGUAAAUAUUGAAAACAAACGUUUAACCACAUACAUUUGCACAGUAGUAGUGCUUUCACAGAUAUGUGCACACAUACAAAUGUACCAGCUCACCCAAGUAAGAGCACAUUAUGUACACAUCUCGCUGCUAUAGCAUGCACACUCACACACACACACACAUACAUACAUAUUGGUUGCCUUGACAACCAGUUUGCUUGGGUUACUGUGUGCUAUAAAUACUCUUAAUGAACUACUAUGGUCAGUAUGAACUUUAAUGUACACACAUGUGGCUGUCUGGUGAAUUUGGCUUUUAUUUUGAAAUUUUGAUUCUUUUUGUAAGCACUUGACCUUGGACCGAGAUGCCGUGGAGAUGACAUGUUUUACGAUAGUGGUACAGACUAACAGAACACCUUUAGAUAACAUGUUCACACACCCUUCACCUGCCUUAGAGAUUUAUCCUUCCCUGUGUGUGACUUUUAUAAACACAAAAACUUAGUGAGUCUGAAUUGUCCCAGUUUAUCUACACUGCACUGAAUUUUAAUUGGUUGACAGUGACACAGACCUCAUCGUGAUCUGAUUUUUAAUUGGUUGACAGUGACACAGACCUGAGCUUGAUCUGAUUUUUAAUUGGUUGACAGUGACACAGGCCUGAUCGUGAUCUGAUUUUUAAUUGGUUGACAGUGAUACAGGCCUCUUCGCUCUCUGGAUUGAGCUCAACCUUCUAAACUUUUUACUGACAUGUAGAGUUACGGAAAUGAAUCCCAGAACGUUCUGAAAAAAGCGGAAAACCAAACCCACCCUAAAGGUUGAGCGCAGUGACUGACACGGAGUUUGAUAUGAGUGUUGGCGCAUUUCCCUACGAGCACUUUGGACUCUUGUGGACUGCAGAGAUGUUUUAAAUCUGUAAAUUAAAAACAAAUUAAAAGUCCGUGUAUAAAAUACCAGCGAACACACCGGCUCACUCUCACUCACUCACACACCCAGUCUCAGGAAUGAAGAAUUUUAUUCUAAACUUUAACCUUAAUGAAAGACUAUAUCUUUGAUGUAAAUUAUGAUGAUGAAAUUAUUAUAGCGCUUUGCAACAGUUCAAUUUGUGAAUUAGUGCAGAACUCUUAUGUCCUCAAAAUCUAGCCAAUAUAUAUGUGUGUGUGUGGGGGUGUGCACGUGUGUGUGUGUGUGUAUAUAAAAAACACAGGUUGGCUGAGUGAUAUGAGCACUAGUCUCGUGUUGUAACUGACAAAGUAGUUUGUUUUAUUCCCUGUUGAAUAAAACAUUUGCUUUUAAACUUGUUUUAAAAUGUCAAAACCUGAACUCCAAAAAAGAUGAAAGAACUUUGUAACUCUUUGGGUCUGUGGACUCAAACAAAAUGUAAGUCUCAAUGACAAAUGUGUUUGUUUUCUUCAAUAAAGCCAAACCCAGUUGGUAAAAUUGUA